GUCGAUUCCCACGCCCAUCAUUCCGCUCUGCGUCUCCCUAAUAACUCUCGGCUUGGUUUCAAGGACCUCUUUCUAUGCCUUCACAUCAUUUUCCUCAACAUAGCUGAUGUUGACAUCGACACGUUGCGGUACAGAGGGACGGUUCAAGAACCAUGGGUCCUCCAACUCUCGUGCGCGUUUGUGGACCAGGCUGCAGCAGCUCAAGGGGCAAAUCACGACAAAGCAAUCUAUCUCGUAAAACAGGUUGGAAUAUUAUGUGGCUCGCGUGAUAUGGUUCGUGCAUACUCAGACCAGUAUCAAUGCUUUGGCCUUUCAAUUCACAAGUGUUACCAGUACGUGCUGGCACGCUCUAGCAUCGAGAUUGACACAGUUUUUUUCUGCGAACAAAAUAGUAGCCUCAGAAUCACAGGCCACCAACCGAAGCACCUCAGAAUUGAACUCAUAGAAGGAUCCAACUACCUCUUCGACUUGGUCUUUGAGCGAUGUCGAAUCUAGCGGGCUGCAGCGUCUGUGGCAUGCAUUCUCGUAUACACCGGAUAGGGUCCUUGUAAUGAGGCAGACAAUGAUCGGGUUGAUGUUCCAAGCUUGUGGCUUCGAUAGUGGGUUCUGGCAACCAGCUUUUAAAUGGGCUGGUCCCCACGAGCUUCAGUGUCGUCGACAUCUGUAAUCUCUACGCAAGAAUUCUCAGUCUUUGAAGCUUGUUCAUUCCCUCCAUGGCCUUCUUCUCUCCGGCCCCACUCCCUUCUUUCACAAAUGUUCCGAGGAAUAUUCUUCAUCUACCAACCGAACUCAUCCUGCGAAUCUUUCUCGACUUACUGUUGGAGACGGGCUCCUCUGCUUCGCUAGUUCCUUGCCUGUUCACAUGCGCGACAUUCUAUAACAUCUUAAUUGGCGAGCCGGUGUUGUGGACGCGACUAUGUGCGAAUAUAGAUACCGUCAAUCUCUCGCCGGACCGAAGGAACAUACGGUCAUACUGGCCUCGUCUUCACGUAGCCCUCCGUCUUUCCCAAACCCUCCCUUUCUCUUUCGUCAUCGACCUCGAUACCGAUCAUCCUGACCUGACCAGGAUUGCUCCCGAACACCUAUACGCUCUGACGUUCGCUAUUCUUGAAAGCGACCAGGCUUUCAUGCGCUGUCAAGAGCUCAUAAUCCGUUCUUCCGAAUGGCAGAAUAUGUGUGACAUUAUGGAGCCACUCACCAGCGCUAUAUCAGUGUUUCCAGUCCUCGAGCGUAUUGAGCUGCUGUUUGUUCCGCCGCUACCGACUCCUAAUAAACAUCCCGCUGGAGAUCGAUAUUUCCUUUCUUUGCUUGACGCUGAUGCUGCCGAGAACGACGUCGUUCUUGCAGACGAAUUAAAGGAGUACAGCGAACAAAAUCUUCCGAACCUUAGAGAGGUCGUUCUUCAUGCCAUCCCAUUCGACUGGCAGACCUUCUCCCCUGCUCAACUUAUUUCUUUGCAAGUUCUCAAUAUCCCCGGUCCCGAAUUCCAGCCAUCGUGCGGCGAGCUCAAGCAAGUUCUCCUGCUUAACUCGACCACAUUGACGAGGCUUACGCUAGGAACCUGGGCCGUAGCCGCGAUACGCGUCGGGAUGGUUCAACAACGUUACACGCUCCCUGUUUUGACCGAGCUACGGUUUACCAUUAAGAAUUAUUUGGACUUUGUUGGACUUGUCGAGACGCUCAACGUGCCGAAUCUGAAGAGGCUGGCUAUCAAGGAUGACUGCCAUCGUUUUCAUUGUCUCGAGAAAGCGGUUGAAGUGGGAGAAUUUACGCCGGCGGCCGCAAAUCAACUCCGGCGAAUCUCAUUGGACGGCUACGCUGUUAUGAUGAACUACUGGCCUCUUGAACAAGUCACGGACCUGGAUCUGUGUUGUGUCAUUUUUUACGAGAUGGAUGGGAACCUGAUUUCACUUCUGAGGCCAAGUUAUGAUAAGGAGGAGACUUGGGAAGGUGGAUUACCGUUGGCUACGAGGUUCUUUUACAAGUUUUCUUCGUUGGUUUCUCUGGAGCUUUGGAAGGUUGAUGCUACGACCCUCGAGGCGAUAAAUUUCCCACCUCGGAGGUAUAAUGCUUCAACUGGUCUUUUUGACGACAUUCUCCCGGUUUUUCCUCUGCUUCCGUCCAGACUCCAGAUGACCUAGUAUAACCAACGCGGCAACUUCGCCUUUCCAUUGCUAUCACAUCUACUUAUCUAUUCUCUUCAUCUGGCUGUAAGCUUAGUCAAGAUCGCAUCUGUAGAUACAGUUUGUAAUCCUUGCUACCAGAUCACGAUUUCUAUGAGGAUAACGCUUUGAUCGUUCACGACGUAAAUGCCGAGGCGCGGCGUCUGUCCUCU